GGCACAGCAAUCACUAACCAACAGAGCGCCGACACAACACGUAUUUGCGCCAACGACAGCCAGGCAAAGGAAGUUCGAGUGUGCAAAGUGCACGCGAGAAGGGGAGAUGGCGGAUGGAGGGGCGAGCGUAAAAAUGAAAACAAAACCACGAAAAGCAUUUCGAACGCAAAGAGGAAACACAUGGCCUCAUGGCCAAAUGGCGAGCAGACGGAUAAGAGGAACAAAGAGCGCGUGCAAGGCAUAGCAGCUUGGUCACAGUGGCAGUCGCAGCCACGACGUGCAAAUUACGACUGGCGACGGCACAGUAAUAAUCACAGCAACACAAUAUUGCUUCGACCCAAGCAGGGGCAGCUGAAAGGGAAAGACAUAGCAGAAACGCCACCAUUGAAGCCUAACCGCGCAGAAAUGGUUGGUGGCUGGUGGCUGGUGGCUAGUGUCGUUCUGGUCGCAGCGUUGCCAAAUGGCGGACAGUUAAAUGCGUUGAGAAUUGCCGCUAAAGACACUCCCUUUUGUACACAUAUGUAUUUAGCGUACCUACAUGGGACGCUCCAGCUGACGUCCUCUUCCAAAACAAUCGACAGAGGCCGAGCAAUUCAAAAACCUGGGGAAAAUGAUGAGGCAAAAACGUAUGUCAUAUGUGUGUGCACUAAGGGUGCCCAUAUUUUUACAAAUAAAAAUUUCAACAGGCGCCGCCCGAAUAUUUGUUUAUUUUCGUCUGAAAAACUUACAGUAAAAAUUUGGGGUCGAUGGGAUAACGCUUGAUAGAAGCGAGAAUGACUUAUAAAGAAAAUAUGUGUUUUGCUUCAGAAAUUAAAUUAUUUUGUUAUUUUAAUUACAGCAUUUCACCAAAUUUAUUAAAUACAUAUCGUCGCUUGACGCGCAAUACCUCGUAUCAUCCAAGUGCAAGUGGCCUGUCCCAGCGCUUGCCUACUUUACAAAUUUAAUGGUCAAUAAUUUUAGUAGACGCUCAUAUUUAAUAAGUUCUGUUAAAAAACCAUUCAAAAGUUUAUAAGAAAAUAAGUUUAUUUGCACUUUUGUGAAAUUUUCGGACUAUCGUAUACGUGGUAUUGCAUUUGGUGUAUACGAAGUAUUGCGAUAUGUUGGAUCAAAUAGCACUCUUUAUAAGCUUUGCACCAGUAAUUUGGUGAGAAGUCCGGCCAAUAAAGUCGAUAACAUGUAAGAUUUCGGCAGAUUUA